AUGCUGUUAAUAACUACUAAUACCACCACCAAGGAACCAAAUACAAAAGUUGCUUCUUAUUAUGGUCAAUCACUUAAACCAAAUAUAGGUAAAUUAACGUUUGGAAAUUAUGAAUUUAAACCAUGGUUUGGAAAUCCUGCUUAUUUUUAUCCAACUGAAGGUAAGUAUGAUAUGUUAGGUUAUAAUUAUUCGAAUAUGGUUACUAUGGAUCCAAAUAAGAGAACAAGACUGAAAAACUACAAUAAAAAUGAUUGUUAUGUGGAUCAUUUAUAUAUUUGUGAAUAUUGUUUUAAAUAUAGUAUUGAGGAGAAUGAAAUAAUACAACAUUGGUCAAAAUGUAAAUAUAAUACUGAUAAACCAAAUAUUGGGAGAUUAGUUUAUCAUGAUGAAAAAAAAAGAAUUAUGAUUAGAGAAAUUCAAGGUUAUAAAGAUCUUUUAUUUUCUCAAAAUCUUUCACUAUUUGGUAAAUUAUUCUUGGAUGAUAAAAGUGUAUAUUAUAACUUAGAUCAUUUUAAUUUUUAUAUUUAUUAUGGAAUAGAUGGAAGAACUUCAAAUUAUAUACCAAUGGGGUUUUUCUCAAAAGAAAUGAUUGCAUAUGAUUUAACAACAAAUUUAGCAUGUAUUUGUGUAUUUCCUCCAUUUCAAAAUAGACAUAUCGGUUCAUUAUUAAUUGAGUUCCUGUAUGAAUUAGCUAAUAAAUCACAAUUUUGCAGUGGACCUGAAAUCCCAUUAUCACCAUAUGGUAGAAUUGUAUACCUAAAGUAUUGGUCUAAGAAAUUAGCAUCAAUAAUAUGGGAAGAACAAAGAAAUGGGAAAUUAAAUUUUAGUCUUGAUAAAUUAUCUCAGAUAUCAAGUUUUAGAAAAGAAGAUAUUUUAUAUACUUUAGAACACAUGAAUGUUUUGGUUACUACUUCAAAUGAUGAAAUAAUAUUAUCAGGUAACAUUUUCAAUAAAUGGCUAAAAGAUAAUAAUGCAAAUACAAAUAAAAAUCUACUAGACACGAAAUCGAUUCGUUUGUAA